CUUUACCAGUUAAUCAUUGGCCACGACCAAGCAACGAUCGAAUCUUUCGAAUGGAACCCUCUUUUUAUCCAUCCAUAUUUCUCGUCCGCGACACAGCCAACGUUUUAGGAUUAUAAACGCUUGUUUUAUAUUUUUCUCUCCUUUUAAUACUAUUGAAACUUCUCGUUCACAAAGAGAAGGAUUAAAGAGAGAUAGUAGUGAUUGAAGGAUCCUUCAUCCGCGGAGAAACGCGCUUAUCUGUCGACAAUCAGUGCUGAAACUCGAGACGUAAUGUUGUUCAAAAAUGUCAUUCAGUUCUCGCGUCAUGUCACCAGAAACGUUCGCAGGAACUAUCAAGUUUCUGUCAAUUCUUUCUGCAAGGCGAGUAGAAAGGACGACAACACCAAAGAAAACACGGAUAUAUUACCGCGGAUUCUCAUAACAGGCGGCCUCGGACAAUUGGGCACGGAAUGCGCGAAAAUGCUGCGACGGCAUUACGGUAACGAGAACGUCAUACUGUCCGACAUCAUCAAGCCGACGGAGGAGAGCCUGGCGUGUGGGCCCUUCAUCUUCGCCGACAUCCUGGAUUUCAAGGGUCUCCAGAAAAUCGUCGUCGACUACAGAAUUGACUGGCUCAUCCACUUCAGCGCUCUGCUAAGCGCGGUCGGCGAACAGAACGUGCCCUUAGCGGUCAGAGUCAAUAUCGAAGGUAUGCACAAUGUCAUCGAGCUGGCAAAGCAGUACAAGCUGAGAAUCUUUAUUCCAUCAACGAUCGGCGCGUUCGGACCGGACUCACCUAGGAAUCCCACGCCGAACGUCACGGUGCAAAGACCGCGCACCAUCUAUGGCGUCAGCAAAGUGCACGCUGAACUCUUAGGGGAGUAUUAUCACCAUCGGUUCGGCCUUGACUUCCGAUGCCUUCGAUUCCCCGGAGUAAUCAGUAGCGAUCCACCUGGCGGUGGCACCACUGAUUAUGCCGUAGCGGUAUUCCACGAAGGACUGUUGAAUAAAAGAUAUGAGUGCUACUUGGAGCCUAACACUAGGCUACCAAUGAUGUACAUCGAAGAUUGUCUGUCAGCACUUCUACAAUUUCUGAACGCGCCUAAUAAGCUGCUGCAGAGGCGGGUCUACAACGUAACAGCCAUGAGUUUUACGCCCGAAGAACUGUUCAAUGAAGUUUUCAAGUAUAUUCCGGACUUGAAGAUCUCUUACAAACCUGACACGCGACAACACAUUGCCGAGAACUGGCCACAAGUCUUCGACGACAGCGAAGCGCGACGGGACUGGGGCUGGCAACACAAAUACAAUCUGCAGAAAUUGGUGGAGUCGAUGGUGCGGGACGUUAGCAUAAAUUAUCUACCGAAAUUAGAACAGAUCAACCAGUAGUAUAAUUGUACAAAUUAGCAUUUCGCGUACAAUAAUUUUACAAAUUACAGACGCAGUAUUUAUUUUAAACUAUUUUACGGUGACGCAUUUUAAACAAUGAACUUUUAUGUGAGUAAAAUUUAAAGAAUAUAAAUAAAUUCUUGAUAUAUGAUCUUAUAAAAAUAUCAUUCGUUGACUGCUGUUUACUCCAUGUCCAUGAAUUCUGCGAGAUCGUCAUCGUUCAGUAAUUCCGCAAUGUUCACCGGAGUCAUUUGAACGUCUCGUUUCGAGGGCGUUUGGUAACUUGUUCUUUGAACUUUUCUCAGAGGUGUGUCCGUUCCAUCUGUGUUUCUCGAGGGUGUAGAGUAUUUGUCGUUCCUCUUUGGUGUGCCAAUGAAGUCCGUGUUUCUAGAAGGUGUAGAAUAUCUAUCGUUUCUCCUUGAAGAUCCACCUCCAGGAGUUCCAAUUGUACUUUGAAGGAAUUUAUCUUUGUUAUCUACAUCUGUGAAAAAAGAUUAUAUAUAUAAUAAAAUAAACUUCGCGUUCUUACGCUCUUUUUUUUACGA